CGUCCCAGGAAAAGAGAAAAGGGAGAACAACAACCCCCCCUGCCGGCGCUUCAAGCAUAAAAGCGAGAAGCUGUCCGCCCGCAAGCUCAGCAGUCCCGGUUCCCCAAACUAGACCUCCAGAUCGUGCUCCAUCCUGCUCCGCUUCUUUCAGGGAGCCACAUCUGCUAUACCCGUCACACCUCGGCCUCAGCUCCUGCACUCACACUUCACAAUGUCACCAACGACCCACUCGGCAAAGACUGCUGCCAACGUCCACAGGCCUGUCAACGGGAAGAAGUUUCCUACCUCCACGUAUCGUGUCCAGCUCAGGAAAGAGUUUGGCUUUGAAAAGGCGGAAGCUCUCGUCGAGUACUUGAAGAGUCUCGGUGUUACUCACUUGUACUGCUCUCCUUAUCUUCAGGCCACGCCCGGAUCUGCUCACGGUUACGAUGUCGUGAACCAUUCCAUCAUCAACGAGGAACUUGGAGGCGAGAAGGGCUUCGAAACUUUGAUCAAGAAACUCCACUCUCAUGGCCUUCGCGCUAUAGCGGACAUCGUCCCCAACCAUGUCUCCGUUGCCGACCCAGAACACUUGAACCCUUACUGGUGGGACGUUUUGAAGAACGGCCGGAAUUCAAAGUAUGGUGGCUAUUUUGACGUUGAGUGGGACCACCCACAGCUAAAGGGCAAGAUCCUACUCCCUGUGCUCGGUGGUCAGCCCGCCGAUCUCGUCAAGAAUGGAGAGAUCAAAUACGAAACAAAGGGCCCAGAUGGGGUUGACGGUCCUGUCAUUCGAUACUACUCGCACGUGUUCCCUGUUAAGCCUGGAACCGAGAACCUGAAGCAUAACAUUGAGCAGCUUCUGGACGCACAGAACUAUAGAUUGGCCUUCUGGAGGGUGACGAUGGACGGCCUGCUCAACUACCGCCGAUUCUUCGACGUGACCACGCUCGCCGGUAUCCGCGUCGAAGACGAAAGCGUCUUCCGCGAAAGUCACAAAAUCUUCAUCCAGCAAAUCAAGGAUGGUGUGUUGGACGGUCUCCGUGUUGACCACCCGGACGGUCUGGCUGACCCACAACAGUACGUUGAGAGGCUGGCGGAAGCUACGGAUGGAUCGUGGAUUGUCAUUGAGAAGAUUUUGGAAGAAGGGGAAGAGCUUCCUGCUUCGUGGCCUUGCGCUGGAACCAGUGGUUACGACGCCCUCAUUCGGUUGAACGGUCUGCUGGUGGAUAGGAAGUCGGAGAAGGCGCUCACUGACGUGUACGCCAAGUUCACCGGUCUUACGGGUGAUUUCAACUCGGUCAUGAAGACUUCGAAACAUCUUAUCCUCGAAAAGUCUCUUCGUGCUGAAGUGGAGAGGUUGAUGUCACUCCUUGUGCUUGUGCAGCAGGACGACGCGUCUGCAAAGGCUCUCACCAGGGAGAACAUUCACGAAGCGCUCGUCGCGCUUCUCGUUGCCUUCGACGUGUACCGUGCUUACAUUCAACCAGGAAAAUCGAUCCCGAAGGAAUCGCUCGUUCACCUUAACCACGCAGCGGAGAACGCUAAGAAGGCUUUGAAGGGCUCCCGCGACUCUGAGGUCGACUUCAUCGUCCGCGCGGCCUCCUUCAAGGUUAGCACCUCCGACCCGGCCCGUGAGUUUGUGUCCCGCCUGCAACAAACCUGCGGACCCGUCAUGGCCAAGGGAAUUGAGGACACGGCCUUUUACCGGUACUUCCGCCUCGCUUCAUUGAACGAGGUUGGUGGCGACCCCGGCGUAUUCGGCAAGAGCGUGGAUGAAUUCCACAAAGCCUCUGCGGCGAUGCAGAAAGACUGGUCCCUGUCCAUGACCACCCUCUCGACACACGACACCAAGCGUUCCGAAGACGUCCGCGCUCGCCUCGCCGUCAUCUCUGAGCUGCCCACUGAGUGGGAAACGGUCGUCAACCAAUGGUCCGCCACCGCUGACCAGCGCGGAUACCGCACAUCCGCCGCCCUCCCCGACAAAAACACCGAGUACCUCUUCUGGCAGACCCUCGUGGGCGCCUACCCCAUCUCCAUCGACCGUCUCACCGCAUACAUGGACAAAGCUACCAAAGAAGGCAAAGUGCACACCUCUCACACGGACGCCAACAAAGAUUUCGACGCCGCCGUCAAAUCCUACGCCGAAAAGGUUCUCGCGGACACCGACCUGAUCACCUCAAUCUCCACCUUCGUCAACCGCAUCAAACCCUUCGGCCGCCUCAACUCCCUCGCCCAAAAAACAAUCCAGCUCACCAUGCCCGGCAUCCCCGACGUCUACCAAGGCUGCGAAGUCGAGGACUACUCCCUCGUGGACCCAGACAACCGCCGCGAGAUCGAUUACGAGGCGCGGAAAUCCCUCCUCGCGAAACUGGAUAGCGCGGCCCCGCAGCCGCCAGCGGACGCGACGGACAAUUCCGGCGCAGGCAAGAUGUGGGUCGUCUCCCGCCUGCUGAGGUUGAGGGAAGAGCACCCGGACGUGUUUGUUGGGCCUGAGGCGUCGUAUACCGCAUUGGCUGUGAUGGGACAAAAGGACGUGGACAACGUGGUGGCGUUUGAGAGAUCUGGGAAGGUCGUUACCGUUGCGCCGAGGUUCUGGGUGGGUGUGAAGGAGGGUGGCGCGUUGAAGGGUGUUAGUGUGAGGGUUCCCGAGGGUGAGUGGAGAAACGUGUUGACGGGCGAGACCGUUAAGGGUGGUGUAGUGGAUGUCGAGAGAUUGGUGCGCGCUUUCCCUGUGGCUGUCCUGGUCAAGCAGUGAGAUUCUGUAUCGGCGUAUCUCUUAGAGUUUUAGCACUAGCUUUUGCGUCCGCUUGUUGACGGUUACCUUCUCGUACGCAGCUUUUCGAGAAUUUGUUCAUAGCUUCAUAUUAUAUCUUGUAAAUAGAACGCCAUUCGGUUUCAACAUCACAUAUUACCAGCUAUGUGUCAGC